AUGCUGUGGUGGUGGGAUGCUCUGUAUUGGCUGCCACGUGGCGUCUCUUGGGUAGAUAUGUACAACACAACAACGGAACCGGGUUACAUGUAUCCACACUAUUCACAUUUAUGGAUGACUGUUCUUACUGGAAUUUCUCUCAUUAUUUACCGAUUUGUUUUUGAAUCCUACAUCUUUGUUCCACUUGCCUACUUCCUCAGCAGAAAGAAUCCACCAGAGACGAGGCAAGGUGUGUUGGAUCGUGAAAAGAAGUACACUCGAAUGGCGGAAUGUGCAAUGAGAGCUCUCUACUAUUUCAUUUCGUUUUGCUCCGGAUUGUACCUUGUGUCGAACGAGUCACACUUCUACGACAUCACGGAAUGCUGGAGAAAAUGGCCGUUCCAUCCAAUCCCAACAGCUAUUGCAUGGUACUACUGGAUUCAAGGAGGAUUUUAUAUUGCACUAGUUUUUGGAAUUCUCUUCCUCGAUGCCAAGCGAAGUGACUUCUGGCAAAUGCUUGUCCACCAUUUCAUUACCCUCGCCCUGGUUGGAACCUCGUGGAUCAUGAAUAUGACUCGAGUGGGUACACUCAUUCUUGUCAGUCACGAUGCUGUCGACAUAUUGAUUGACGUUGGAAAAAUCUUGCGCUACGAACAACUCGACACUGCUCUUGCUGUAUGCUUCGGAUGUGUUCUCAUCGUAUGGGUGGCCACUCGACUAGUCUAUUAUCCAUUCUGGAUUAUCAGAUCAGUUUGGUUCGAUGCUCCCGCCUUGAUUCAAGAAGACUAUGAAUGGCUGAACUUUGGACAACAACCACAGGCACCGAGAUUCAUCAUGUUCCUCUUGACAGCACUUCUGAUUCUUCAUAUCUUCUGGGCAUACAUUCUUUUCAAGAUUGCCUACGAUACUGUCAAGUAUGGAGUUGUCGAUGAUGUCCGUGAAGACUUUGAUGAGAACUCUGCGGUCAACCGAGAAAAAGCCAAGUUGCAGGAAAAUAAGAAGGAUGAUUAG